CUAAAUAAUAUAAUAGAAGGUGGGAAAUCUAGAGAAGGGAGGAAAAUCCUUCUGAGAUUUCUUGCCACAACUGGACUAAUUCAAAGGAUAUAACAGAAGGAAAGCAUGAAAGAAGUUAUGUCCAGCAGAUGGCGUUAAAUGCAACGAAAAGGAUGCCAACUGCCAAUAAACACCAAAGAAGAAGAAGAAAACUCACUUCCGCACAGUCACAAUUUAUCAGAAGCAGGUUCUGUCACAAAAUGGCUAAAUUAAAAGACAAAAGACGAGAGAAAAUCAGUGUCGCCACUGAGAUUGACCGUUUGGAGGAGCGGAAGGCGCGCUGCCAGGACAACCUGGAGAAGGCUGAGUUCAGGAGCAGGAAGGAGCAACUCUCUGACAAGGAGAGGCAGGACCUGGAAGAUGAAAUGACUAUUAUUAAUGAGAGAGUGCUGAAGUUAGAUAAGGAGCUGGAGACGUUAAGAGGAGAGAAUCGGAAGAACAUGGUGCUGUCAGUCGCUCUGCUGGUCAUCAGCGCUCUCUUCUACUAUAUCUUUUUCUACAAUGAGGAGGAGUCAUGAUACCACCGGCACACCUGAAAGGGACUCUUACAAGACCAACAAGCUCAGGACAGUGUUAUCAUGAGAUGGUGGAUGAGGCAGACAUGAGGAAGAGCUGUGAUGAUGAAAUACCUCAGUUCUGCCUCUAGAUGGCAUCAUUGUCAUUGUUAUAAUGUGUUGCAGUCAUACUGGGUUUAUCCUGUAUAUCCUGGGUUUAGUCCAGCUUCUUGGACUAAACCGAAGCAAUGCAUAUAUGAGAUAAUAUUAAGAUGAAGUGAUCGAUCAUUUUUGCCUUUUUCUCAGCUUGUAUACAGUCACAGUUUAUAUUUGAAUUCCUGUAAAAAGUCCUUACUGUCUCUUACGAGAUUCAACAUGGAUAAUUGAUAUAGAUAAAGCAAUUUCUCCUCAAAAUAAACCAUUUAAAUAUACACAAUUUGUAAAGUUUGCCUUAUGCCACAUAAAACCAAAGUAAUAUUGUUAUAUUUUAUACAAUAUAUCAAAGAGAUGCUUUGUUAAAUGGUGCCAAUCGAGUCUGCUUUUGUGCUCUGUCAUAAAUAUGUGUAAUAAUGCAUGGUUCUCUUGUCAUGUGCAGUUAAAUGGAUGAAAAUUAUUAAUACAUUUGGCUUUCUCUUUAAAUGCAAGUUUGUUUCUCUUUAGGGAACAUGAAGAAUGUACUUGUUGUUUUGAUGCUCAUGCUGGCCAUGCACACAUCUCAUAAGAUGCCUAACAUUUUCACAAAUACCUUUUUUUUUUAAUUACAAACAUGAGAAAUAAGUGUAUGAGAAAUGGGUUUGGUUCUUCUAACUGAUCUUUGUGUCUGUUAUUUGGUAUUUUAUGUGUUUAUCUCAAUAAAUUAAACACUUUAUACCAAUUUGGAAGCAUAUUGUAUUGUCUGUGCGUAUAUAAUAGGUUUGUUGUUAUCUAUCUCAUUUAGUGGAUUGUUAUUAAAACAAUCCAUUAUUUAUAAAAUGUAUUAUGUUCGUGGCAUGGCUG